AUGAACGUGGCUUCAGUCAUCGCUCUGGUAGCAGGAGCUUAUAUCGCUUUCUCUGUUGGCCUCCUCGAGGUAGCGGUGCGUAGAAAGAGGCGGAACGCACUUUUAGCAAAGAAGUUUCCCUACCCUAUCACCAAAAUUGCUCACCGUGGUGGUUCACUAUUGGGUCCAGAGAACACAAUGUACACAUUUAUGCGAGCUGUCAAGGAGGGGCUCUGUGACAUGGUCGAGUUGGAUGUUAGGGAAUCAAAGGAUGGGCAGAUCGUUGUGUCCCACGAUCGCACACUAGAACGUACAUGCGGUCCAGAGUACGCGGGGGUGUCGGUUUCAGAUUUAGUGGUUGGUAAGGACCCAUCUAAAACACUCCCUCAAAGCAAGAGAAUUAUCGAGUUGGAGUUUGCCACCCGCAGCAUCAACCAGUACGAGGGGUCUCAAAGCGUCCCUGUUGAUGACACCACCAGAAUUUGUCUCCUGACUGAAGUUUUCGAGAAACUGCCUCCUAUCCCGUUGCACAUUGACAUCAAAGAUGGACGCAAAGAUUUUGUCGCUGAAGUUCUAAACCUGAUUGCUACAUACGGCCGCGAAGGCACCACCAUUGUGGGAAGCAGCCAACACCGGACCCAACAGUUUAUCAGCGAGUACUUUGCGGAGAGGGAGCCUGAAAUUCGGAAACGGUAUCGCAUUUUUGGGGGGCCUCGGGAUUUCUUCCGGACGUACUUUCUCUUUUAUACGGGAUUGCUACCUUACUUCUCCGUAAACUUUGAUGUAUUCUCGAUUCCGGUUUUCACAAGCUCCAUGAAGACCGUUGUAGCGGGAUCAUUUGGAAAAGUCUGCGCUAAUGUGGGUGCAUUUCUUCUUUCCUCGCCGUUGCUGUGGAGGUACCUUCAGAGCCGAGGUGUCGCAGUGAUUGGGUGGAACCUCAACGAUGAGAUUGACAUUUUGCAAGGAAUUCAGUGGCCCCUCAACGGCUUGAUGUCUGAUGACCCCAUCAAACUCCAGCAGCUAAUAGAUACGAACAAAAGAGUAACCCGGUUGAACGUGCUUAUAGGCUAA